ACUAAAACUGCUGCUCCUACAAGAUCAAAGGUGGGGAUAUAACGAUUGAAAUUAACAAUCAAAGAGAUCAGUUCAUGUUCAACAUUUGAAGAUAAAUCUGCAAUAAAUUCUUUGCUGUUUUAAACAAGCCAUAUUUCGGUCAAUAAAAAGCGGUUUAAAUUAAAAGAAGCACUCCAACAAAAUGAAAUUAAAAUUUCUAUUAUUACCACUUCUUACAAUAUUGAUUACAACAUCAAAUUGUUUUAACUUCAACCCAAGUAAAUCGGAUUUAAUAUUAACUUUAGAUUCUGAACCGAAAUCGCGUCAAAUCCGAAACGCAAAAGAAGACGGAGAUUAUGACGAAUUCAACCAUGAAGUAGAAAUACCAAAAAUUUAUUCGCUGCGAAUUAAAUCGAAAGUAAGCAAUCGAUAUGCUGAAACUGUGAUUAUAAGUAAAGUUCGAAAUGAAGCUAAAAUCGCCCAAGAAACUGUUUUUGCUGUAAUCCUACCCGAAAAAGCUUUCAUUUCUAAAUUUGUUAUGGCGGUGAAUGGACGGGAUUACACUUCUCAUGUAAAAGAAAAAGAAGAAGCUGAAGGAAUUUAUAACAAAGCUGUAGAAAAGGGACAAACCGCCGCUCAUGUAGUUGCGAGUGUCCGAGAUUCAAACCGAUUUACAGUGUUUUUAAACAUCGAACCUUUAAGUAAAGCAACUUUCUAUUUAACAUACGAACAAUUAUUAGAGUUAAAAGAUAACAUGUACGAAUUGAUUAUUAACAUAAAUCCGAGGCAACCCGUUAAAGAUCUUGAAGUUGAAGUCGAAAUUAACGAAAGUGUACCAUUGAGGAUGGUUAGAGCACCACCAAUUCGAUCUGGAAAUAAUUUAAUCCAAUCCCAACAAGAUUUAGACCCAAGAGCAAAAAUUCAAAGGAUUAAUCGAAAUUCUGCCAGAAUUAAUUUUAAACCGGACGUUCAUAGACAAAAGGAAUUAGCAAAAUUUAUGAACCUUUUUGAAGAAACUGGUUUAUCAGGACAAUUUGUUGUUCAAUAUGAUGUUGAAAGAAAUCAAAACGGUGGUGAAGUUUUAUUAGAAGAUGGUUUUUUCAUACACUUUUUUGCUCCCCCAAAACAAAAACCACUAUCAAAAAAUGUUCUCUUCGUAUUAGAUACAAGCGGAAGUAUGGAAGGAGCAAAAAUCGAGCAAUUAAAAACUGCGAUGAAAAAAAUUCUAAAUGACUUAAAAUCUGACGAUAAAUUUUCGUUGAUAGAAUUUAAUUUCUUCGUAAUUCAUUUACACUUAGAUGGUUCUCGUACAACUUACACAGGGGGAGAUUUAAAUCAAUUAACACUUCGUCCCAGUGAUUAUGUGACUUCGGAAAAUCGCGACGAAGCUGAACGUGUUGUCGCAAAUUUCGCAGCCGGUGGAGGAACUAACAUUUACGAUUCGUUAAUGUUUGCAUUACACUCGGUGAAUGAAUUAAAAGGAAAUCCGAAUGAACCUCAACCGAUUAUUAUAUUUUUAACGGAUGGUGAUGCAACCGUAGGAAAUACGAACCACAACGAAAUUAUUGAGGACGUUACAAAAAACAAUAAAUAUAAAACCCCCAUUUAUUGUUUGUCUUUUGGAGCUGACGCGAAAAAGGAUCUCUUAAAAAAAUUGAGUUUGAGAAAUUACGGGUUUUCUAGGCAUAUUUAUGAAGGUGCUGAUGCUGCAAUUCAAUUACACGAUUUUUAUAAAAUGAUUUCAUUGCCGAUUAUGAAUAAUAUAACAUUUAAAUAUGUUUCUGAUGCGAAAGAAGUUACAAAAACUACUUUUCCUAUUAUGUAUAAUGGAUCGGAACUUGUUGUUACAGGAAAACUUGAUAAAAAUAAUUUUGAUACACUUCCAACAAUAACAGCACAAAGUGCGACGGGUCCCAUAAAUUUAGUACCGGAAGUCAAAAAACCAGUAACGAAACUAGAAAGAUUAUGGGCUUAUGUAACGAUUCAACAAUUACUUGAGGAAAAAGAAAUAAGUGAAAAUUCUGAAAACGAGGAAGAAAUUAAACAGAAAGCGCUCGAUAUCGCUUUGAAAUAUAAUUUUGUUACUCCAGUGAGUUCUAUGGUAGUUGUUAAACCAAACGCGACGAAUGAUGUAGUCGAUUUGAUAGCCACUGGUAAAGAUGAACCAAUAGUAUCCCUAGAUAUGAGUACCACUACAAUAACACCAACAACAACAACUACUACUACUACCACCACUACCACCACUCAACGACCUAAAGAAAAAAUUGUAAAUGUUGAACAACUUAAACGAAAAGUUCCUUGGAUAGAUGAAAUAUUAAAAGAUGAUUUAAUGAAAACGGAAAAAGGAACAUAUAAAAUUGACAUAAAUAAACGAAGUCCAGAUGAUGUUACUUGCCCAACAACUCCGAUGGGUGGAACAGGUUAUUGCAAAUUUAUCCACGACUGUCCGGAAAUGUUACGAUUUUUAACAAACAUGCACAUUUUUGAGCAAUACCAAUGCGAUAUAGAAGGGUAUGCAGCAAUUUGUUGUCCACCAACGAGACCAAUUAUACAAUAAUACAUUGUUAUUUUAAGAUAUGACUAGUUUUUUGUUGUAAUUAAUCCAAACUUUUUUUUUGCAUUUUUUAUAUAAAAUUACAGAAGUAAUAAAUUGUCUACUU